ACUGCUUGACUAUGCUUAGAUUUUAAUCGUGUCGAAAGUUUGGGGAGAAAUAAUAAUUAUGGCCAAAACAAUGAAGAGUCGAAUUAACUAGAGCACUGUCUGAAAUUGAUUCAUCGAUAAAGAAAACCCCGAAAAGAUGGGAGUCGCCGUGUGAAGGAGAGGCCGCCGAGAGGCACGGCACUCCGCGAGCAUGUAACAUGCGGAUUGCAUCACUGUCGUCUCUUAUUUGCAGAUUAGUUUCCCUUCCCUCGACGAGACUUGUUCAUCUUCGAGCCAUAGACGACGCAGUAACGUCUCAUUCUACGAUCCAUUACGCCAAUGUUGAACCCCACAGAUUGAAAGUGGGCGAUUCCGUCGCUACCCGACUCCAUGCCCACGAGAAAACGUCGAAACUUCUCGAGAACUGGUUCAACUUAGCUUUGGAAGAAUGCACCGCCAGGAAUUUAGUGGAACAGGGGCAGCAGGUGCACGCCCAGAUCAUUGUUCACGGAGUGAACCAAUCUGUGUUUCUUGGUGCGAAGCUCAUUUCCAUGUACAGCAAACUCAACCUUCUCAUGGACACGAGAAUGGUCUUCGAGUGCCUUCACGGUUGCAACUCUAAUUCAUUGUCGUGGAACGCUAUUUUGAGAGCAAAUUUGAAGCAUGGGUUCUUUGAGGAAGCUUUAGAAUUGUAUGAAAGGAUGCGUGUCUGUGGAGUUCGGCCCGAUGGUUUCACUUUCCCUUUGGUGAUCAGAGCUUGCACGGAGACUGGGGAUGUGGGGAUUUGCAGGAAGGUUCACGAGCAUGUGUUGGAAUUGGGCUUUGAGCUUCACCUUCAUGUUGCCAACGGUUUGAUCGGGAUGUAUGGGAAGUUAGGCAGGAUGGAUGUUGCUCGUCAACUGUUUGACAGAAUGCCUCAAAAGAAUGUGUUUUCUUGGAACACCAUGAUGUCUGGCUUGGCCUUGAAUUUUGACUGCGAAGGUGCUGCUGAGUUGUUUCGGGAGAUGGAUUCAGGGAAGUUGAAGCCAAAUUUGGUUACUUGGACUUCACUUAUAUCGUCUCAUGCAAAGUGUGGUCGUCCCCAGGAUGUUAUGGAUUUGUUCAGGGAGAUGAAAUCUAGAGGUGAUGGAACUAACGCGGAAGUAGUUGCAGUGCUUCUCUCUGUGUGCACAGAUGCGGGCUCUGUAGAAAAGGGCAAGGUGGUACAUGGAUUGGUUGUGAAGAGUGGACUUGAGAGUUAUUGUUUUGUAAAAAGUGCACUUAUUUCUGUGUACGGGAAAUGUGGUGAAGUGGAUAAUGCGUAUAGGCUUUUCCUAGACAUGGAUCAGAAAGACAUAAUUACCUGGAACUCUAUGAUGUCUUGCUAUGCUUCUUCUGGCCGUUGUGAUGAAGCAUACGAGCUUUUGUGUCAACUAGGGAAGGAGCAUCAUGGAGAAGAAUUGAUGCCUAAUGUGGUAAGUUGGAGUGCGGUGAUUGAUGGAUUUUCAGCUUGUGGGCGCUCUAGUGAAUCCCUGGAACUGUUUAGGAGAAUGCAGAUGGCAGGCGUUACACCCAAUUACGUGACAAUUGCAACUGCCUUAUCGUCUUGUGCAAAGCUAGCUGUACUUUAUCUUGGAAAGGAGAUCCAUGGCCAUUCUCUGAGAGGCUUUCUUGAUUUAGAAGUUCUUGUCAUCAAUGGUCUUAUUCAUAUGUAUGCUAAAUGUGGAAAUCUUCAAUAUGCGCAUAGAGUUUUUGACAGAAUGAUCUGUAAAGAUUUGAUUUCUUGGAACUCGAUAAUUGCUGGGUAUGCAAUGCAUGGGCUUGGUAGGACUGCCCUUUGUAUGUUUGAUGAGAUGCUUAACAACAAUCUUAAACCUGAUAAUUUCACCUUUAUUGCCGUCUUGUCUGCUUGCAGCCAUGCAGGAUUAGUCAAUGAAGGUCGCCUGUUAUUUGAUAGGAUGACUCGUGAAUACCUGCUUUCACCUAGUGUCGAGCAUUACGCUUGUAUGGUUGAUCUUCUAGGCCGCGCCGGCCUAGUGAACGAGGCAAGUAAAUUUGUAAGGGAGUUACCUUUAGAAGCUAAUGCGUGCGUCUGGGGAGCACUACUGAACUCCUGCAGGAUCCACAAAAACACAGUUGUAGCAGAAGAGACUGCUUCAAGACUGUUCGAUCUUGAACCAAAGACUACAGGAAGCUACAUGCUACUGUCAAAUACAUAUGCUGCCUGCGGAAGAUGGGAAGAUUCAGCAAAGAUAAGGUUGCUAACGAGAGUGAAGGGGUUGAGGAAAAGCCCAGGUCACAGUUGGAUUGAAGUGAAGAGUAAGGUUUACAUGUUCAGUGCCGGAAACAGUUGGCAGCCAGGUUUGGAGGAAAUAUAUGGUGUUCUAGAAACACUGGUUUUGUUAAUGGAAAAUGAUGACCAUAUGCUAAAUGGAGAUUUAUGUUAUGCAAGUUACGGAUGAUGGAAAACAAAUUUCUUUCUUCUCAGCACUAUUGGAGCAAUGGUGCUGAAAGUCACAGUGGGUCAAGCCCCACCACCCGUACCACUUACACCCUGAGCUAUUCCACAGUGCUGUCCUUGUAAGGCAUGGUGGUCAGGUCUCACCCAGAGUUUUUCUUUCAAGGAGCAGCACGAUAUAGCAGUAUGAUCCUUGGAGGUUUCCUGGUCACAAGAAAAAAGGAUACGCCAGACUAAUUCAUCCGAAGCCUGAAAGAUUGCACUUUGCAGCAAUUCCAUAGAGAGCUCUGUUUUUCUCCAGUGACUGAGCGAUGACACUUUCUGUUGUAGAUGAACUGGCGACUGUGAUGCAUGUUUGGAUCAUGAAUUUCAGCCACAUGUUGUCCCAAUCGUUGUCCUCGACCCACACCGAAGCAGACCCAUUUUUCAAGAUGCUAAAUAAGGAGCAGAGUGAGGAUGGUCCCAACUUUCUGCCUUCUCACAGGAAGUGGCUCCUGUUCUACAUUGUGCAGCCUGUGUCUAAGCAUUGCGUCUAUAUGCUCCCUGUGAAAUUAGGACUACAUGCUCACCCUUCACGUCUAUCACAUUCACAGGCUUAACUUAGGAAAAACCUGUUAAUUGUUAUUUUCUCUCUCCAGUUUCAUGGCCAGUUGUGGACUGUGAUUUGUGGAGACUACUGACUAUGAUAUAAGAAUGUUCAUAACUCAUAGCUGCAGAUGAGCUAAGAUACUUAUUCUAUUUUGCCUUUUUUAUUUGUUGCCCCCUUAGGCCCUUACCUGAUUUGAAUCUGGUGCCCGGUGUAUUUUUCAGACAUAUGUACACUCUUCACAAACCUAUAUUGGCCUGAGCUAUACAACUCGCUCAAACCUAAGAUAUUCAAGUUAAUGAAGGAACUCUCUCUCUCUCUCUCUCUUACUUGGCCUUCCCUUGUUAGUAGUCUUCCAAACCCGCCAUCCAUUCGUCUUCUGUUCCUCUUUUGUCCUUCCCCCCACCUGUCUGCUUCCUGGGGUCGUGUUUGGAGGUCGUGGCUCAUUUCAGCUUGGUGGCGCAUUUGGGAGGAACGCAACAACAGGGUCUUCAGGGACACCUUCUCUUCAUCAGAUGGUGUGGCUCGUCUUGUGCAGGGGGAUGUCCAGUUUGCCAUUCGGUUAAGGCGCCGUGGUCCGUCUGUGGCUGGGUGACGGUGCCGCUUCUUCCUUCCUCUCUAUUCACACAUUUCUUCUCACUAUGCAUUGUAUUGUAUAUUUCGUCUUUUUGCUUUUGUUUUUGCGGAUUGCUUUUAUAUCUAGGGGACGUCUUGUUCCCAAAUUUUGUUAUAUAUUUUUCAUUUUA